UCUCAGUCAACCUGAUGGUGUACCGAUUCCUGGGGAUGGAAGAGCUUGCCAGUACCAGAGACAAGCUACUAUACAUCACGUCCACCGCUCCCCAUGAGGCUGCGGCGUACAAUGCGGCCACUCUUCCCGCCAAAGACUGGCCGUCGAAAGGUUCGGUACAAGUCACAGACCUGGUGGUACGAUACGCCCCACACCUCGACCCAGUGCUCAAAGGCAUCAGCUUCAGCUGCAAACCAGGUGAGAAACUCGGUGUGGUAGGGCGUACAGGUGCUGGCAAGUCCUCCCUCAUGCUCGGCCUGACCCGGUUGCUUGAACUGGACUCCGGGGUGGUGCGCAUCGACGACAUAGACGUCUCUACUCUGGGUGUGCGAGACUAUCGAGAACGUCUGACAGUCAUCUCCCAGGAGCCCCUCUUCUUCAGCGGAAGUGUGAGGCAAAAUCUUGAUCCCUUCAAUACGUACAGCGACGAAAAGAUUUGGACUGCAUUAGGGCAAGCGGAGCUGGCCGACACGAUCAUGCAACUGCCCCAACAACUCAACUACUACAUCGCCGAGCUGGGUGCGAACAUGAGCAUUGGCCAGCUACAGCUGCUGAGUCUGGCGCGAGCCAUCCUGCAACAGCCUACAGUGAUGUUGAUGGACGAGGCUACUGCCAGUUUGGACCUUAUGACGGAUAGGUUGAUACAGAAGACAAUCAGACUACACUUCCACAACGCGACAGUCAUUCAGGUGGCGCAUCGAUUAGACACAGUCAUAGACAGUGACCGUGUGCUUGUACUGGACCAAGGUCUCAUCGUCGAGCAGGGCUCGCCACACCAGCUGUUGCAGGACACAGCUGGUAUCUUCUAUGGCAUGGUACAAAAGUCUGACGGAGACGCGCAACGGCUAACGUCCGAGGCGGCAACAGCACACAGGCGAAGAGAAAACCAAUCAUAAUUACAUAGCAGUGUGGUUCAAAUUACGGAUUAGAAUAGAAGGCUACCAAACGGAAGAGAGGGACCUUGUAGCCAAAUAGAAAUUGUAGCCAAAUAGAAAACAGGAGAAUAACUUUGAUGGACCUAAAUAAGGUCCUCGAUGGCAAUAUACAAUUGGGGUUGUAUCCCGACGAACGAGGAUAAUUUUUAUUUAAAUUGAAGUCGGAAGUAAAUAGCAGUAGUCAGCGAUUAAAUUACUCGAUUAUGGAUAUAGAAUAAAAACUGUAUCCCAUUUAAAUGUACUGGAGUCGUCUGGAAACUCAUAUACAACAAAUAUCUUAAUAAUGGUACAGAUAUCGAUUAAUGGCCUGGGGCACAAUACAAAUGUUAUAUAUUGAACUGGCGCCGAAUGAGUCCGA